UCCAGCUCUCCUAAGGAUACUCCCUCUCUCAUCCUCUGCCAUGAAGGUCUGUGCAACACUCCUGUGCUUGCUGCUCAUGGUCCUCAGCUCCCAGGUGCUUGCUGAGCCAGAUUCAGCCACCAUCCCGACCACCUGCUGCUUCACUGUUUCCACGAAGAGGCUCCCCAUUCAGCAACUGGAGAGUUACAGAAGAAUCACCAACAGCAAAUGUCCCCAGAAAGCCGUAAUCUUCCAGACCAAACGGGGCAAGCUGAUCUGUACUGACCCCAAGCAGAAAUGGGUCCAGACCUCCAUGAAGAUCUUAGAUCAAAAACUAUGA